UAUUAUCCCAAAGUAUUCUUAUCCUAUUAUUAUUAUCUUUUAUUAUUAUACAAUAUCUACCUAAAUUAUAAUUUAAAGAAUUGCAUAUAGUAAGUUUACCCUGAAACGAUGAAAUUUUUAGUAUUUUGUGCAAUGAAACAAAAGCCAAACUGUCAUCCUAUCUCAGAAAUGAAUUAAACUUUUUGUACGUUAAUUUUAUAUUAUUACUUAAUAUUAUAAUCAUGUUGGAGUUAAAAGCUUGUGCAGUGUGUUUCAGCACAAAUUUAAAGUUAUUUAAUAUGGACAGUGGUCACUUAAGACAUAACUAUAAUAUAGUUUCCGGAUUACAGACCUAUAAUGGGGAUAGUUUGCCAAGCUACCUUUGUUCGGAGUGCUGUGGCUAUGUCACACAUUUUACCAAGUUCCGUGAAAAAUGCCAGAGAGCAAAUUUUGCUCUACAAGAAAUGCUAGCUAGGAAUGUGGAAAUAAAUGAAAUAGUUCUUGAUGAUUUUAAUUGUGAAGUAAUUGGUAUUGAACCUAAACUCUGGUUCAUAGAUCCAUGUACAACACAUUAUGAAGAAGUUAAAUAUAAAUCAGAUGAUCAUAAGGAAAUAACUACACUUCCAACUGGUUACAUUCCAGUACUCCACUAUAACAUACUUCCAAAUGAAGACUCAUUUAGUAUUAAAAACAAAAUUUCUACAAAUUUAGAAAAAACAGAAAUAACUAAUGUGCAAUUGGAAAAGACAGAAGACACUGAUACUAUUGUGAUUGAUGAUGAUAAUGGAUCUGAAAAUAGUGACUUGAAUGUGGAGCAAAAUGGUGUGGAAGAAUUGACAACGGAGCAAAAUGACAAUAGUCAGGAACAAAAUGAUCUCUUUGAUAGUGAUAUUGUUGUAAAUGAUGAUGACAAAGUGCAAGAUUCUGAUAAUGUAUCACAAAAAUCAGAAGCGAAUGAGGUGUAUGUAAAACCAUGUAUGGUUGAAGAGUAUGCUAAUGUGUACAUAAUAACUAUGCAAGAGGCAAAAGCAGCUUAUGAGAUUCAUAAAAUGUUUAGCUCCGGUGAUUACCGUUGUGAAAUCUGUAACAAAGCAUAUUCUAAUAAAAGACUUUUCCAAAUUCAUUUACGUAUGCAUGACAAGCACAAACGAGGUUCAUUCCUGUGUGAAUUGUGUAUAUACUAUUAUAGAACAGAAUCUCAAUUAAAAACUCAUAUGAUAGAAAAGCAUAUAUACAAAUACGUGUGUAGAAAGUGUCCUGAAGUCAAUUUUAAAAGAACAUCAGCAAAACAACAUUACGUCUUGUCGCAUAUACUAUGUCAUAAGAAACAUCCUGAUUGGGAUCGAGUCAAACCUAAAUGGUUAAGACGGAGAGGUAGUAAACGAGUGAAAUCAGUUCAAAAGAUUACAAAGUUACCUGACGACUAUCCAAUAAUAUCAGCAGUCAGCCAAGAGGAGCAAUAUAAAAUUGUCGAGGAUAGAAAAGAAACGACAAAUUAUAUCUAUUCAUCAUUUUCAUGUAAAUUAUGCUAUAGAGGCUUUAGGGUAUCUAGUACGUACACCAAACAUAUGAAGAAGCAUGAUCCGGUGUACGCAGGCCAAUUUCAAUGCGAUAUGUGCAAACUAUGUUUCGUGAGCACCCAAAAAUUAUCUCUUCACAUGUACUUUACCCAUCUGUUCAAGUUGUCAUGCAAGAUAUGCAGUUUUGUUUGCUAUAACAAGAAUCGAGGAAAGGCGCAUUAUUAUUGGCACAAGAAUGUCACGUACAAUUGUUCACAUUGUAAUCGGUCUUUCAGAACGCAGACAGCACGGUCAACUCAUAUAAGGAUGUACCAUCCGUCCACGAUUGUUUGUGAUUUGUGCGGACACAGCUUUGUGAGUGAAAGCGGACUCAUGAAUCAUAAGUAUAUCGCCCACAGAAACGAGCAGGUCGUACAGAACAGACGUGAUGAGGGCACAUUGGCGGUAUGGACGUGGUCAAAUGCAAAGGUGGAUGGGGAGGAUGAGCGGAAUGUGGACAAGGAUAAUGUGGGUCAGCCAGAGGCACAAAAAGCAGAGGAACCGCCGGAUAGGUUGGCGAUGGCAACAACAGAAGAUACGGAGAAGGCAGCCGAGAACCCUCAUUACUGCCCCGAUUGCGAUGUGCGGUUUGCUAAUGCGAACGCGUAUAUUACGCACCUCGGCAGCUCCAGUAAACACACCGUCACUAACAAAUCGGGUAGACUGAGUACGCAGAAGCCACGAUUAAGAAAAACCGAUGUACAUAACGCUGGCUACAUCACCGCCAUCGAAUGUGCAGUGUGUAACCAAACCCUGGCCAAUACUACGUUGGCACAACAACACUACAAGACGGAGCACCCCGGCGUGCACUUCCCCAAACGUUACAUGUGUGAAAAGUGUGGAUACAUUACCAGUCUAUACUCGAACCUUGUAUUACACAUACGUACACACACCAACGAGAGGCCAUUUAAAUGUCCGCACUGCGACCGUGGCUUCACUUCUUCAUGUAACAGAGAUCGCCAUGUUCUUUCACAUACAGGCGAAAAGCCAUUUCAGUGCCACCAUUGUCUCCGCCGGUUCCGACAGAAGAAUGAAUGUAAAAUGCACAUACAGCAUGCCCAUCUGAAAGUACCGUACCCGUCCAGAGCUAAGAAGAAGCGAACACAGCGCAAGGAAAUCGAGGGUGGGCCGAAGGAAGUUGAAGGAAUAACACCUGUGGCAGUCAACGCAGCGAAUGCGGUGACUCCAGUUUGCGUACAACUGCCACCGCAAAUAUCGCUAGAUCAUCGCGGAGAUUAUUUAAACGCGUACAUAAAUUAUACCGAUUUAUAAAUGUCUACUUGUAUAGUAUGCGGAAUAUUCUAGCUGUUUAAUAUUUUAAGUAGGACAUUCUCUAUAUUGUUGGUUUUACAAAUGACAUA